AUGGCAUUCAGGGCCCGGGGCUGGCGGCCCCCUCCACCGCCACUACUCCUGCUGCUGCUCUGGGUGACCGGGCAGGCGGCGCCCGUGGCCGGCCUGGGCCUGGGGCCCGACGCGGAGCUGCAGAUCGAGCGGCACUUUGUGCCGGACGAGUGCCCGCGCACCGUGCGCAGCGGCGACUUCGUGCGCUACCACUACGUGGGCACCUUCCCGGAUGGCCAAAAGUUCGACUCCAGCUAUGACAGAGACUCCACUUUCAACGUGUUUGUGGGGAAAGGACAGCUGAUUGCAGGGAUGGAUCAAGCUCUGGUCGGGAUGUGUGUGAACGAGAGGCGCUUCGUGAAGAUCCCCCCAAAGCUUGCCUAUGGAAGUGAAGGAGUUUCUGGCACGAUCCCCCCUAAUUCAGUUCUUCAUUUUGAUGUACUUCUGAUGGAUAUUUGGAAUUCCGAAGAUCAGGUUCAGAUUCACACUUAUUUCAAGCCCCCCAGUUGCCCUCGGGCCGCGCAGGUAUCUGAUUUUGUGAGGUACCACUACAAUGGAACGUUCUUGGAUGGGACACUUUUUGAUUCGAGUCACAAUCGCAUGAAAACUUAUGACACGUAUGUGGGGAUCGGCUGGUUGAUUCCUGGAAUGGAUAAAGGGCUGCUGGGGAUGUGUGUGGGAGAGAAGCGCAUCAUCACCAUACCUCCUUUUCUGGCCUAUGGGGAAGAAGGAGAUGGGAAAGACAUUCCUGGACAGGCAUCUCUGAUCUUUGAUGUUGCGUUAUUGGACCUGCAUAACCCCAAGGAUGGCAUUUCCAUUGAGAAUAAGAUAGUACCUGAAAACUGUGAGCGGAGAAGUCAAAGUGGGGACUUUCUGAGGUAUCAUUACAAUGGCACACUUCUGGACGGCACCUUCUUUGAUUCCAGCUACUCCCGGAACCGCACCUUUGACACGUACAUUGGGCAGGGCUACGUGAUUCCUGGGAUGGAUGAAGGUUUACUUGGUGUUUGCAUUGGAGAGAAGCGGAGGAUUGUGGUCCCCCCUCACUUGGGGUACGGAGAGGAGGGGAGAGGGAACAUCCCUGGCUCAGCCGUGCUGGUCUUUGACAUCCACGUGAUUGACUUCCACAACCCUUCGGACUCCAUCAGCAUCACCUCCCACUACAAGCCCCCUGACUGCUCAGUGCUGAGUAAGAAGGGCGAUUACCUCAAGUAUCACUACAACGCCUCACUUUUGGAUGGGACUCUGCUGGACUCCACGUGGAAUUUAGGCAAAACUUACAAUAUUGUUUUGGGGUCUGGACAAGUUGUGCUGGGAAUGGAUAUGGGCCUCAGAGAGAUGUGCGUUGGAGAGAAGCGGACAGUGAUCAUUCCACCCCACCUGGGCUAUGGGGAGGCUGGCGUGGAUGGAGAAGUGCCUGGCAGUGCUGUGCUGGUGUUCGACAUUGAGCUGCUGGAGCUUGUGGCGGGCCUGCCCGAGGGGUACAUGUUCAUUUGGAAUGGCGAGGUGGCACCCAACCUCUUUGAUGAAAUCGACAAGGAUGGCAAUGGAGAAGUCCUCCUCGAAGAGUUCUCAGAGUACAUUCAUGCCCAGGUGGCAUCUGGCAAGGGGAAACUCGCUCCCGGUUUUGAGGCUGAACUGAUCGUGAAAAAUAUGUUCACCAAUCAGGACCGCAAUGGAGACGGCAAGGUUACGGCUGAGGAAUUUAAACUCAAAGAUCAAGAGGCCAAGCACGAUGAACUCUAAGCCUGCAACCAGCCAGUCGAUGCCCGGCGUGCAUGACUGUGAGCCACCUGCUGUGACAGCACGUGAAGGGAGGGUGCGAGAGCCUCGCACAGGAGGAUCCUCCGCAAGCAGCUGAUGGGUUACACCAUACCUGGUGCACACACCAGGGCUGGGGAGAUAACACAUGGUGAGGAUUUUAGGCUGACUGCCUGUAAUAGUAAACAAAAUCAAUGAGAAGUGUCUUAGCAUGGGAUGUGUAAAGUAUUGAAAAGGCUGUACUGCCAGCCAUUGUUUUUUGAGUUAAAUUGGUUAUUAAAGGAAAAUUGUGUCAUACAGAAGUAAUAGUUGUCUUGGAUGGAACUGAAGGAAAAAUAUCCAGGGUGUUUAUGUAAAUUUUUUUUUUUAAUUUUUUUUUUUUUAACUUGCUAGUGUUUUAAAAGCAUUCUCCAGAUGGGCAGGAGCCCAGAUCUCAACAAGAUUCCCAGAAAGCAACCCCUGGCUUUUCUCAGUGUGGCUUCCCUUAUAGGCAUGCUUUGCAUUUCCACUUAAUGACAGCCCUUUGUGGUCCUCCAAUUGGCAACGUGGCUUUGAAGUUAACAAGAGCAUCCCGGACAGAAAAACCAGAGGAUCAAAUUAAAGAUGUCUUGGAGCAUGAAUAGAAAAUUUGAUUCUGCAUUUGCCAUAUAGAUUAUCUGCUUGACACUUUCUUAUUCACAUCACUCUGUCCCACGCAGCACUCUUUUCCUGAUCCUGAAUCGUGUUGACUGGAUCGACACGUGUGAGGCUGGUGGCUGCUGGGCUGCCCUGGUUAGUCACAAGAGUAUUUCUCAGUGGCAGAGAAGGAAGUGUAGUCCCAACAGAGCUGCUGAGGAUAAAACAGUGACAUUUUUCUACCCCUCACUGUGUCCUGGAGAGGGUGGUGCCCUGAAGCUGGAGGCAUCUCUCUGCUAUAGGAAAACAAGGACACAGCCUGCCUGCCUGUCCCCACAUUGUGAAGUAGCCACAUUGCUGCCUUAUGUCCCUGUUCCCAAGUGGUGGUGGCACUUACCCAUAAGUAACCAAUGAUCUCCCUUUUGAAAAUGGCUUUGUUUAACUAAUUUAAACUAUUUUGUAAUGAUGUAGCCCUGAGAUUAUUCAUGAAAAUGCUGUGUACUCACUCAAUGGAAAAAAUGUUGGGAAACUGAUUUUUUUUUUCUUAUAUAAAUAUUGAAUUAUA